GCCUGUAGUGGCCGUGAUGAGGCCCUGAGGGAGGCCGUGGAGCAGGGGGCACCGGCCGCCCAAGACGCUGGCGUGUCUUUGAUCAGAGUCAGUGCGAUCUGGGGCUGGGGCCGGGACGAGCGGCCGUUAGCGAGUCGGGGGCGGGGGCUGUGGCGGAGGCCUGGGCUGGAGCGGGCGGCCGGGAUGCGGGUGCGGGAGCCCCUGGAGGCUGCCCUCCGCAGUGUGCCGUCGGGAUGCGGCUUGAGGGCGGCUUUGCCGGAAAACAGGGCCUCUGGUGACCGGUGACUGAGGUGCCUUUGGGUUGGCAAGUGGUAAGGCCUCUGUUUUGGGGGUGUUUAGAGGACUCAGGAUUGGCGGACCGAGGAUUUCGUCGACUGGAAGGCCUGUUGGUUCGUGACCGGGUUGGGUUUCACCUGAGCCCUAGGCUCCUGGGGCGCAGGAAGGUUGAGAAAUCUACCCCCUCCCCGUGUGCUCCAGGAAAGACAUCGCUGCAGAGAACCCCCUUGCCUGGGUGACCCCGUAACACAUGCCCCCUUGUUGGCCUGUGACAAGGCCACAUACCAGUCCUCCCAGCUCGCAUCCUGUGCCUCACCAGCGGCUGGCUGGACUGUAGCGCCUGCUGAUCAACCAGGACAAAAAGCGCGGGUUUGACACGGGGUCUGGAUGCAAGCUGGUGGGUGAUCUAUUUGGGGUUGUGAAUGAGCAGACAGUGGGGGUAGGAAUUGGAGGUAUCAGCCUAUUGGUGUUAAUGUAGAGCUGGUGGCCCUUUUGGGUGUUGAUUAGGAGGACCGUAGGGGUGUUAGUGAAUGGUGGGUGAGCAUGGGGUAGAUUAGAAAAUGGGGUCUCAUGGAAAUGAAUGGUUAGGGCCCCUGUAUGAUUAGGGAUUGGCCAUCCCUUGGGUGUAGUGAUGGAGGCUAGCAAGCCUGAGGGGGCUCUGUGAGAACAGUGACUGGGGCACUUUUAGGGUGAGUGGAUGGGUAACUGUAGGAAGGAGUUGGGAUUCUGUGGGGGUUCUUUGGGACUCUGUGUUUAGGAUUUCACUGACUCCACUUCUAGUCAACAAAUAGAAUAGACUCUGUCAAGAUUAUUGGGUGGGAGUGCGGGGCAUCCAGUGAUGGGGUUUCGUGGCGUCAGUGUUGAGAAGCUUUUGGGAAUCAGUGAUGAGAGGCUGACCAUGGCUGGUGUUUGGGGCUGAGUGAGGAGGAGCCUGGAAUGAUCAGGAAUCAGGGGUCCUGUAGAUACCUGGUUGGGGGUGGGGCUGUGGAGAGACUUUGGAUUUCAUUGAUGGAUACACUCCUGUGUCACCUGGGGGUUGAUGAUUGGGGGCUUUGCUAGAGGAGUCACUGGGGAUGUGCAUGUGUAACUGAAGGUCCAGGAGGGACAGCCUGUAAAGUCAGCAGUCAGGGUCCUGGUGGGAUGAGGGACAAGUGGGGGAAGUGAUAGUGGGGCUUGUGGCGCUCGGUGACUGUGUGGUCUGGAGACUUGUGAGGGCUCUGUUGUGGUCAGUGAAUGAGGGGCUGGAGAAUUCUCAGGUGGUCAGUGUGGGUAAGUGGGAGCCUCUGAGUGCUUAAGUUCCGUCCAUGGGCUGGGGUGGCAGGGGGGUUCAGUCAUUCUGUGGGGACUUAUGUGUGAUUGAGGCUAUCUUUGGUGAUAGGACCUCUGGGAGUUGUGUUUGUAGGUUUGGGUGGGUCCCAGUGAGUGUUGGUCACACAUUGGCUCAGGCAAGACUCUCACAUAGUGACUUCUGUUGAAUGACAUACUCUUUUUUGUUCUUUGGUUCUUCUCACCCAGCACAUCACGUUGUUGGUUUGUGAUGGCUUCUUUUACUGGAAUAUUUCCUUAUGUUCUCAGUGACCCCAUUGGCCCUAAGGUCCUCCCCCUUGCAGGCUGAGUCCCUGUGUCCCCCUCCAACCUUCAGCUCUGUCUAGCUCCAGCCCUCUUGAAUGUAGUGCUCUGUGAUGGGCAUGGUCUUCCCACAGCCUUCCGCUUCCUGCUCACUGUCUGCAGAGGGCAUGGGCUUUGCUAACUGAGCUGUGUAGGGUUCCUGAGCGUGUGGUUUUGAGCGAAGCCUUGUCUCAUCUCUUUCCAGCCCUCAGCCCAACUUGGGGUAGGUUGUAACUGCUUCAAGGGGGCUGGUGUUCUGGCUCUGCUCUUGUUAGCUGCCCUGGGGCAGAACCCGGCAGUUGGCUAACAUCCAGGCAUAAUUUUCUCUCUUCAUUUGUGGCUGACUUUUCACUAUGUCCAUUGGGACAUUGGAGACCCCCUCCCCUGUGCUUGAAUGAAACGGUGCCUUUAGACAAAGAGCUCUUGCUGUCCAUCUUGUACAGGUGCUAUACCCUCUCUUUGUUCAGCUUAUUUUUUGGAAAGGUGCCCGCUGACCUGUCCACCAUGUUCGGGCUUCCUCGCUAGCCUGUUAGCCUGCGGAGACCAAGCUCAGCAGCCAUUCCUGGACCCCAGGUAUGUUCUUAGGAAGGCAGUAACAUCUCUGUGCGAUUUCAUGCCUCUGAAGUCCCUGGCUCUUGUCUCCUCUCUGGUUGAAUGUAAGUGACCUGGUCCAUGAGCAGUGAAGGAAUUCAAGGUGCCAUGGCUGAGGAACAAGAAAACUCAUGUGAGAUAAGAAAGAAGAGGCCUCAGGACUAGGGGUGCUCUCUUAGUUUACAGACAUUUGACCAGAAGCCUCUCUCCAGAGGAUCAGGACAGAGAGAAGUCACAGAACGGAGCCGAUUUUCCAAGCCGCAGAAAAUGAUCAAGUCACAGAUCUCCUUUGAGGAUGUGGCUGUGGGCUUCACGUCGGAGGAGUGGCAGCUACUUAACCCUUCUCAGAAGAGCUUGUACAGAGAGGUGAUGUUGGAGAACUACAGCAAUCUAGUUUUCUUGGGUUAUCAAAUUAUCAAACCUGAUGCAAUUUUCAAGCUGGAGCACGAAGAGCCGUGGAUAAUAGAUGAAGAAGUUCUAAGUCAGAACUUUUCAGAAGAAGUCUGGCUAGAUAACAGUCUCAAAAUGUGGCACCAGGAUAAUCAAGACAAGCUUAGAAGUAUGGAGAGAGGCCAUGAAUAUGAUGUUUUUAGGAAAAUAUUUCAUUCAAGCAUUAACUUUGUUCAUUUAGGAAUGAGACCCCAUAAAUGUGGCACAGGUGAAAAAAGUCCGAAACAUCCUUUUGAGUUUCUUAUUCCAAAAAAUAACCGUAGAAGAAAGAAACUUGAUGAGCUCAAUAAGAAAUAUUUAUUGUAUGUCAAAGCUGAUAGAACCCAUGGUGAAAGGCCAUACUGUGAUUGCAGUAAAUGUAGGAAGGCUAGCAGGACAGGGUCGUGGCCCAUUGCAAACCGUAGAACGCACACAGGAGUCCAUUUAUGCUUGGAGUGCGGCAGCAUUUUCAGUAAGAAGUCACAGUUCAUCAUACACCAGCGGACGCACACAGGAGAGAAGCCCUACGGUUGCAGCGAAUGUGGGAAAGCCUUCUCCCAGAAGUCACUGCUCACUAUUCAUCAGAGGACUCAUUCAGGAGAAAAACCAUAUGGAUGUGGUGAAUGUCAGAAAGCUUUCAGUAGGAAGUCCCUGCUCAUUUUACACCAGAGGACGCACACAGGAGAGAAGCCCUAUGGAUGCAGUGAGUGUGGGAAAGCCUUCAGCAGGAAGUCGCAGCUCAAGAGACAUCAGAGAACCCAUACAGUCGAGAAGCCCUACGGCUGCAGUGACUGUGGGAAAGCCUUCUCCCAGAAGUUAAAGCUCAUUACCCAUCAGAGAACCCACACAGGGGAGAAGCCCUAUAAGUGUAGUGAUUGUGGGAAAGCCUUUUUCUGGAAGUCACAGCUGAUUACUCAUCAGAGGACUCACACGGGGAAAAAACCAUACGCAUGUAACGAGUGCACAAAAGCCUUCAGCAGGAACUCGCUGCUCAUCAGACAUCAGAGGAUCCACACGGGGGAAAAACCCUAUGAGUGCAGCGAGUGUGGGGAAGCCUUCAUCAGAAAGCCACAGCUUAUCAAGCAUCAACUAACUCACACGGGAGAGAAGAACUACCAGUGCGCUGAUUGUGAAGAAGCAUUCUUUAAGAAGUCAGAGCUAAUCAGACAUCAGAAGACUCACUUAGGGGAGAAACCCUACGGAUGCGUUGAAUGUGGAAAAACCUUCUUUGGGAAGUCACAGCUCCUAACACAUCAGAGAACUCACACUGGAGAGAAACCGUAUGAAUGCAGUGAGUGUGGGAAAGCCUUCACCCAGAAGUCAAGCCUGAUUUCACACCAGAGGACACACACAGGGGAGAAGCCCUAUGAGUGCACAGAGUGUGGGAAGACCUUCAGUGAGAAAUCAAGCCUCAUUCAUCACCAGAGAACCCAUACUGGAGAGAAACCCUUCGAAUGUAGUGAGUGUAGGAAGGCUUUUGCCUGGAAGCCACAGCUUCUUAGGCAUCAAAGAAUUCAUACAGGGGAGAAACCCUAUGAAUGCAGUGAGUGUGGGAAGGCCUUUGUUCAGAAAGUGCAGCUCAUUAAGCAUCAGAGAAAUCACACAGGAGAGAAAACCUAUGGAUGCAGUGAUUGUGCAAAAGCCUUCUUUGAGAAGGCACAGCUUGUUAUCCAUCAGAGAAUUCACACAGGAGAGAGACCCUAUAAAUGUGGUGAAUGUGGGAAGUCUUUCACUAGAAAGUCUCACCUUAUGAGGCAUCAGAGAAUUCAUACAGGAGAUAAAUACUAUGGGUGCAGUGAGUGUGGGACUGCUUUCAGCAGGAAGUCGCAGCUCAUGAUUCAUGAACAAACUCAUGUUGGAUUAAAAUACUAUGAAUGUAGUGAAUGUGGAAAAGUCAUCAGCAAGAAGUCACGACUCAUUGUCCAUCAGAGAACACACACAGGAGAGAAACCAUUCAAAUGCAGUGGAUGUGGCAAAGCCUUUUCCCAGAAGUCACACCUUGUUACACAUCAGACAGUUCACACGGGAGAAAAACUUUAUGGAUGUGAGUGUGGGAAGGCCUUCUCUAGAAAGUCACACCUUAUCACACAUCAGAGAACUCACACGGGAGAGAAACCGUAUGAAUGCAGCGACUGUGGGAAAGUGUUCUCUCAGACAUCACAGCUCAUCAUUCAUCAGCGAAGUCACACGGGAGAGAAACCCUAUGCCUGUGGUGAAUGUGGGAAAGCCUUCAGUGGGAAAUCACAACUUAUUACUCAUAAGAGAACCCAUAUAGAUGAAAAGCCCAACAAAUGCAGUGAAUGUGGCAAAGCCUUCAGAGAGAAGUCAAGUCUCAAUAAACAUCAGAGAAUUCAUUCAGGAGAGAAACCCUAUGGAUGCAGUGAGUGUGGGAAAGCCUUCAGUGGGAAGUCACUGCUCAUUAGACAUCAGAAAACUCAUUCAGGAGAAAAGCCCUAUGGAUGCAAUGAGUGUACAAAAGCAUUUAUUUGGAAGUCACAGCUCAUCAUACACCAGCGGACUCACACAGGAGAGAAGCCCUAUGGGUGUGGUGAAUGCGGGAAGGCCUUCUCCCAGAAGUCACACCUCAUCAUACAUCAGAGAACUCAUAGAACAGAAACCCUAGAAACAGAGUGAAUGUGAGAAACUUUGAAGAAAAUAAUCGCCCUUCUCUCUACAUCCUAAAACGCAUUUAUAGAAAUUCCCUGAAGGCCGUGAGUAUAGGAAAGUCAUUGGCAGGAAGUUCUACUUCCUUAAACAUCAGAAUGCCAAAUGGGAGAGUGGGCCUAUGUGUGCAGUGAACGCGGCAAAGACUGUAGAAAAAAGCACUCAGCAAAUAGUCUAGUCUCGUUGUAAAUCAAAUUAUUCAUAUUGAGGACAAAAAUAAUGAUUUAAAAGAAUAUAGAAAAACUUUGUCCAUAGAAACGUUAAAAAAAUCAAUUUCCAACUCUGGUAUUGCAUCUUUUAAAGAAAAGGUUAUUCAAUUUUAAAUAAUAAGCAUAUGAAACCUUAAAGAUAUGUAUCUGUACAUAUAAAUAUAUAUAAAUAUAUAUAUAUGUUCAUAAUGAUGACAGCCAAGUAAAAAGCCUGCUGCUUCAGAGGAACAUAGGGCUUAUAUUCCUGAGUAUGCCUACAUGUUAUAAAUUUAUAUAUUUUCAUAGCACAUGUGAAGUUAAUCUGUGAACAUGGUGUAUGUCAUGUUUAUGACGCAGCAUCUGUCAAGAGUGCUACACAGUGGAUACGUUUGUUUGUACCAUAAUGGUAGAAGAUAAGCUGCACCAAAUGAUGUAUUUAUUAUUUAACAAACAGUUUAAGAUAUAUUGCCAGAUAUUUUUGGCACACGUAAAUGAGUUUGAGAGCUCUUACCUGCUCUGCCUUCAGUAGUAGAAGCUGGACUUUUUCAGUAAAGUUGUCUGCCUCCUCUGCGUCACCAGUUUAUAUACAGAACUGUUGUUCAUAUUAGACAUGCAAAGGCAAGAAUACACGUUAACAUAUAACUGAGUGAGCAACAGAAAAGCCCUGAAUUGCAUCACUCAUCAUCUAAAUAUAUGAGAAAUGGGGUUUGAGAAAAUAAAAGACCCACAAAGCAUAUCCUCCUGUUAUUUUCUCAGUGGGAUUUCUGUACAGAUUAGUUGUACAUGGGUUGAAUAUAAUAGAUCCAAGAAACUGUAUUUUAGGUUAAUAUGUUAAGACAUCAUGUAAUACUGUUCUCUGUAUCAAUCUUUUAAUGUUUUCCUAAAGUACUUUGCAAAUAAUUAGAAGAAACUCUAUUUAAAAAAAAACAUGUAGUUCUGUAAGGUUACAUGCAGAGACUUUUUGCUAGGAGAAUUAGGAUUUUUGAUAAUUUGAUUCAGACAUCUUGUACAGAUGAGGCUUUAGAAAUCAAGUUACCUUAUUGUUUGUAAAAGAAAUUUUUAAUGUACAAGAGACCUUGCAAUGCACAAGGUAUUAUCUUGCUUUUAAAUAUGCCAACUUUAAGUUUAAUUUUUAAAUAACGUGUCUUGAAAAUGCCAAAACC